GGACCGGUUUGAGUGAAAGUCCAAGUUGCUCAAUAUGGCGGACACGAGGUUGUAUGAAUUACUAGGAGUCACUCAAAAUGCUUCUGACGCUGAGAUAAAAAAGGCUUACAGGAAGCGAGCCAAAGAACUUCAUCCAGAUAAGAACCCUGAAACCGGCGAACUGUUUAAAGAAAUUAGCUUUGCCUAUGACGUGCUUUCAAACCCUGAGAAACGAGAUCUUUAUGACAAAUAUGGCGAGAAAGGUCUACGGGAAGGAACAGGCGGAGCGGCAGGAUUUGACGAUCUUCUCUCACACAUCUUUGGUGGUGGAAUGGGUGGUGGAUUAUUUGGUGGAUUUGGAGGAGGUCGACAUAGAAGAAGAAGAGGCGAUGACAUGUUUCACCCUCUAAAAGUUACGCUGGAAGACUUGUACAAUGGAAAAACUACUAAACUACAGCUCAGUAAGAAUAUCAUCUGUCCUACAUGCAAUGGUGUGGGAGGAAAAAGUGGAGCCAUGCGAACAUGCAGUGGAUGUAAAGGAAGAGGUGUUAAGGUUACCAUUCGACAGAUUGGGCCAGGGAUGGUCCAACAAAUGCAGUCGUCUUGUAAUGAUUGUUAUGGAGAGGGUGAAGUUAUCAAUCCCAAAGACAGAUGCAAAAAAUGUGAAGGGAAAAAAGUUAUCAAAGAGAAGAAAAUACUCGAGGUAAAUGUCGAAAAAGGCAUGAGUGACAACCAGAAAAUCGCCUUCCGUGGUGAAGGAGACCAAGAGCCUAAUGUAGAACCAGGAGAUAUCAUUCUUAUUUUACAACAAAAAGAUCACGAUGUGUUCACUAGACAAGGCAUGGAUCUAUUCAUGACCAAAGAGAUUGGACUUGUUGAAGCCCUGUGUGGAUUCCAGAUGGUGAUCAAACACUUGGAUGGCAGAGAUCUUGUCUUGCACUAUCCAGCAGGAAAUAUUAUUGAACCAGACUGCAUAAGAGGUGUGGUUGGAGAAGGAAUGCCUUUACAAAGAAAUCCGUGCGAAAAAGGAAACCUUUAUGUAAAAUUCAAAGUCGAGUUUCCCGAAAAUAACUUCAUCGGCCCAGAAAAUAUUCCAAAACUCGAAGCCUUGCUUCCAGCAAGACCAAAACCACCUCAAGUCGGCAAAGAUGCCGAAGAAGUUGACCUAGUAGAAGUGGAUCCGUCAUAUGAUAAAGAAAGACGGCAUAGAGAAGCCUACGAGGAAGACAGUGACGACGAAUCCGGCGGAGGACCUUCACAUGUACAGUGUGCACACCAAUAAUUUAUUGACGACUUAAUCUUCUUCUUACAAGGAAUUUGGUAUCAAUUGAUGGUUUUCAACCAUUCCCAAGAGAAUUAAAUAACAAAAGACACGGCGGCCAUGUUGGAGGAUAUAACAAAGAAUUCUUUAACAAUUCUUUUAAGUUCCUCCAACAUGGCCGCCGUGAAAACCAUCAAUUAUAAUAUCAGAAGGACCUAUGUUUUUCUUAGUUUAAUGGUGUUUACAUUUGAGCUGCCGAAAUAAGAUAUAAAGUCUAGAGUGGUUAUACUUGUAAUGAAAUAUGUAAUAGACUCAAAUUGAAAACAAACAAUGGAUAUAACAUUUACUGUCAUUAGUCUACAACAAUGAUUUUAGAACGAGUAUAGAGGCUUUACACCAUCAUGUGCUCAUGACCAUAAUAAAGCUUGGGCUGCCUGUGGUUAGAUGUCCUUUAGCUCUUGGGAAUUAAAUAGGACGUUUGCAUGAUGGCGUCAUUUGACUACCAUAAUGCUUCGCGAAUUUUCUUUCUUAUACAAGUUUGUAUUCCCUCAUGAGAAUAGUAAGGCAAUUGGUGCUAAUUAACUGAACAAAAGAAAGUGUGCAAGGGAGUCUGGUAGUAGAGGUCAAUGAUGCCAUCAUGCAAACGUCCUAUCCUUUCUCAUGUAAAACGAUUGUAUUGUUCCUGGCAUCUAACAUGGUUUCCGUCUCACGUCAUGAUGCAAAACCUCAGAGUGAUUUUACUUGACCCGUGAAAAGUUAGUCAGCAUAGCACAGCAGUAGACACUAACUCCAUUGUUUUCUUCUGUUUUACUUUGACUAUUACUCGCCAAUUAUACAACUUUGUCUCACGGGCCAAGUAAAAGUACUCCAACUAUUUCAUGGGUUUAAGUAAAACCGCUUUAGUCAUUGAGUAAUAGUCAAUUGAAAAGGAAAGCAGGUGUCUUGACAUCUACUGUGAGUUAAAUGGAGCAAUUUAGUUUUGUAGUGAUUUUAAGCAUUUAACCGAAUUAAACUAUAGAAUGAUGUUCCUACGACCGUGAAAUAGUUUUUGGGUAGCUAGUACAUAAUAAUCAAAUAGCCAUGAGUGAAAAACGUAUCCGCAUGAAAGGCAUGCAUGCGCAAACGUUUUAUCUAUACUGUCAGUCAAAUAGGCGCAAAGAAAAAUAGAAAUAAGAUCUAGAGUGAUUAUUUGGCCUGUGAAACAGCCUUGUAAUUACAGUGCAACUACACCAACCUAAGCCAUCCAGACAAAUUUCCAUACAAAUUAGUCAAUCACGAUGGUGUAUUAAAACAUGGUUAAUCUAGUCACGCCGUAAUUAUAGUUACUAGCAGUCGAAGUAAAACAGAAGAAAACAAUGGAAUUAGUGACUACUACUAUGUAUUAUGCUUGACUAUUCUUUCACGGGCCAAGUAAAAUCACUCAAUACUCUACUAGUAUACUAGCUAUUUCGUCUGAAGAAAAUCCCUUUAAAUUAAGGAAAACAAAUGUGUAAUAGUCCACAGAAGAAAACAAAGGAAUGAGGGCCUA